UGACGCCCCCACUAGCCAAGAAAUUCAAAAACAUAUCAAACAUCUGCUUGUGCUUCGCAUGUCCGACCCAAAGAAUUAAGUCGACACUAGCAAUGGCGCAAGAAGACCAAUCCCCUAGUCUCCUCAUCAUCGGCGCCGGCACCUUCGGCACGUCCCUCGCCGUGCACGCCUCCAAGUCCUAUCCCGAUGCUUCUAAGAUCACAAUAGUCGACCGCUGGUGUCCUGAUGGUGCUGUACAAGACAAAAAUGCUGCUGCGAUAGAUAUCAACCGGAUUAUCCGGACGGAUUACACGUCGCCGCUUUACUGCAAUCUCGCUAACGAAGCUAUACACUUUUGGUUCUGGAAUAUGGAAGUCCAAGGACACUUUCACAAAGCUGGAUGGACGGUAUUCGAUGGGCCGAGACAGGAGAGGGAGUUUCGCGACGGGGUACGCAAGACGUUUGAAGAUAGGGGGUCGCACAUUAUCAGGAAUGUUGAUGCGGAUAAGUUAAUCAAAGAGCAUGAUGUGUUGAAAGGUCUGAACGGCGCAGAUCUAGGGAACGGGUAUUUCAACCCUGAAGCAGGAUGGGUUAAUGCAGCGAAAGCGACGAAAGCGUAUCUGAGGGUUGCUGAAAGUCGAGGCGUGCAGCGGAUUACAGGAGAGGUUGAGGAGCUUCUAUUUCGAGAUGGCGACACAGGCUUGGAGGGAGUGAGGCUACAAGACGGGACAAUCUUAAGAGCAGACAAAGUCGUAAUUGCGGCAGGAGCGUGGACGAGCGGCCUACUUUCGCCACUCGAAGACAAACUCAACAUCGCGGACAAGGAUCGGAUAGAGCGGCAGGUCACAGCCGUCGGGCGAUUGUCUGCGUACUUCGACCUCAGCGAAGAGGAAACGAAUUAUAUGAUGGACACAAACCUCCCAAUUGUAGUCAUUGGCGGCGAAGUCGACAUUAUCCCUCCUUACUACCACAUCCCGACUCUCAAGGUCAACGACCUGAGAACCGAAUUCACGAACACCAUCACCACAGCCUCAGGACGCAAAAUAACCACCCCAAGUAAGAAGAACCAGAUGCACGUACCUCGGAGACUCAUCCAAGAGAGCGAAAAGGUCGUCAAGAGCAGUAUGCCAGAGUGGACCAAAGCCCGGAGUCCCGAUCGCUGGCGCAUAUGCUACGACGCCGUCACGCCGACCGAAGACUGGGUGCUUUCGCGCCAUCCAGAUGAUCGCUUAGGUAACCUGUACAUCGCUGUUGGAGGAAGUUUCCAUUCGUACAAGUUCAUGCCAAAUGCGGGGAAGUACCUGCUGAAUGUGCUGAACGGGGAGAGCAACGGCGAAGAAAAGGACAGGGCUUGGAAGUGGAAGAGCGAAGAAGAGUUAAAAGAACGAGGUGCGAAGGAAUUUGGCGAGAGCCCUAGGAACGGGAACAGACCGGAGCUGAGAGACUUUGAGGAGGAAAAGGCGAGGUUGUAGAUGGUGAGCCUGAGGUUGGUUCGCAGCCGAGAUCUUUCCAUGAUGUUGACUAGGGCUGUGAUCGUUGAGUCUCUUCCCAAACAAACUCUUGAAGAAUAGC